AUGGCCGAAGUUCUUGGACUUACUACCGCUCGAGAUGUCUGGGUUGCGUUGGAAAAUUCCUUCAGCCACAUCUCGAAAACUCGUGAGCUCCGUAUCAAAGAUGACUUGCAGCUCAUCAAACGUGGCACCCGAAAUGUCACUGAAUAUUCUCGUUCAUUUAAGAUGUCUCUCACUCCAUUACCAGCUUUCAAAGAUUUGGUUCCCAAAGCUGAAAGCUUUGAGAUUUUCCAGAAGUCACUUGGUUCCUCCCCUGUUUCUUCUGCUGCCUUUACUACCACUAAAGGGUCCUUUAAUCCCUCUCGGGGUGGUAGUAAUUCCAAGUCCCGUCGUUCUCGCGGCGGCUAUAAUGGAGGCCAUAAUCAUGGACGUGGCAAACGGGGUUCUUAUAUCCCUCGAUGUCAAAUCUGUAAAACGGAAGGGCACACUGUUGACCGCUGCCGCAAUCGUUAUGAACGCACCGACCCUACGACACAACUUGCUGAAGCUUUUACCACAUCCUGUUCUCUUUCACAUGGCUCUGCAUCUGAUUGGUUCACUGAUACCGGCACAUCUGCUCAUAUGACAUCUGACCCUUCUCAGUUGGACAAGGUUGAGCCUUAUCAUGGUAAGGACUGUGUAAUAGUAGGAAAUGGUGCUUCUCUUCCUAUAACUCACACUGGUACGCUCACCUCUCUUUCCAAUCUUAAACUUUUGGAUGUUCUCGUUGUUCCUCGUCUUACCAAAAAUUUGUUAUCCAUCAGCAAACUAACCUCUGAUUUUCCCCUUUCUGUCACAUUCUCUCGUGAUAAUUUUGUUGUGCAAAAUCGACUAACAGGAACGGCGGUGGCAACCGCUAUUUCAGGAAUAGUCUUAUACUUGUUCUACAUUAUCCUCUCUAACCAUCCCUGCUGCCGCUCCACUGUGCUCUUGGCAAACUUCAGAUACAGAUUAAGGACUUCAUCUUCAACUGCAGAUCCUCAGAGUAACAUUAGCCACCUUGUGUUUGGAAUAGCGAGUUCUGCGAAUACAUGGAAAAAUAAAAGACCCUACAUAGAAGCAUGGUGGCAGCCUAACAAAACCCAGGGAUUCGUCUUUUUUGAUAGAGCUCCUGCAGAUCAUGAGUCACAGCAAUGGCCUCCAUCUUCUCCUCCUUUUCGAGUUUCGCGAGAUACCUCUAGAUACAAAGAAUACAACAGACACCCAAAUCCGCAUGCAAUCCGAAUGGCACGGGUAGUUUUGGAAUUGUUUAGAGAGUUGAACAAAGGGGUUAGAUGGUAUGUCAUGGCGGAUGAUGACACAGUUUUUUUUGUGGAUAAUCUUGUUGAGGUUUUGGCCAGAUAUGACCACAAUAAGUAUUUUUAUAUAGGGUCCAAUUCAGACUGUGUGGCAUCGAACUUUGAUCAUUCUUUUGGAAUGGCAUUUGGUGGGGCUGGAUAUGCUUUGAGUUAUCCUUUGGCACAGGCACUGGUGAAGAAUUUAGAUGUCUGCAUCAAGAGAUAUCCAGCUUUGUAUGGGAGUGAUCAUAUUGUGCAGUCCUGUAUUGCUGAUUUGGGUGUCUCUCUGACCCAGGAAAAGGGGUUUCAUCAGAUUGAUCUACACGGUGACAUUUCCGGACUGCUAUCAGCUCUCCCGCAGUCUCCAUCCGUUUCGCUUCAUCACCUAGACGCAGUCGACCCUAUUUUCCCUUUCAUCCAGAACCGCCACGCAUCACUGAACCACCUGAUGGAAGCUGCAAAAGUGGAUCAGUCACGACUAUUGCAGCAUAUAAUCUGCUAUCAUAAGCAAAACAACUGGUCUAUCUCCAUAUCGUGGGGCUAUUCUGCUUACAUUUACGAGAAAAUUUACCCACCAAGCAUUUUGCAUAGACCCCUACAAACAUUUAUUCCGUGGAAGAAGUCGGCUAAGCCUCCCUUCAUGUUUAACACUCGACCUCUUCCCUCAAACGAUCCAUGUGAAUUAGCUCCUCAUGUUUUCUUCUUCGAGGCCAUAGACAAGACCACUACCAAGGGGAUCGACCAAAUUGUUACCAGUUAUGUUAGAAGAUCAUCACCUCGUAGAUCAGUGGCUUGUUCAUCAUCAAGUAAUGGGAGUCACUAUGUUGACUUCAUUUCCAAAAUUCAGGUCUUCUCACCGGCUACAAAACAUGGUGAGGCUGGUAAUAGAAGAGAGUGCUGCGAAAUUCUACAUGUAGCUGAUAAACACAACUUUUCCGAGGUCCAGAUUAGGGCUUGCAUGAAGGAUGAAAUAGUGGCAUAA